AUGCUAACAGGAAGCAGAAGCCACUUAAAAUGAUGUGGAGACGCAUACAUGCACAAUAUGUUAUGUAUUGACACAGUCAACAAGCUGAUUCAGGAUGUUGCACUUGCUUUUCUACUUAUGGACUCCUUGUUUGCUCCUGUGUAUGGCAACACUUUUGCACCACGGAAAUGCCAGAGUGCUGACUGAGAUCCAGGCAGGACCUCUGUACCGUGUGGCAGGUUCUCUGCUCUCCAUAUCCUGCAACACGAGCGGCUUCACCAAUGUCAACUCCAGGAAGGAAUUUGAAUUCCGCAUCACCAAGCCUGCGAAUACAAUGGUCCUGAACAUUAUUAGCACUGAAAACCCAAGCUUUAGUUACAGUAUAUAUAGCCAGAGAGGCGACAACAUCACUUUGACACGUGUAUCAUCCAACUCUGUCCUCUUUGAGAUAAAAAGUCUUCAGAAAGACGAUGAAGGGGAGUACGACUGCGCGGUGAUCAACCCAGAAUAUACUUAUGAUGGAAUCUACAGCGUACAAACCAUUGUUAAAGUGAUUGAUGACUCCCUGAGCGUUUUGUCUGCCACCUCCAACUCGCUGAGCUAUAACCAGGAUGAAACGCUCACUUUAACAUGCCAAGCUUCCAGCAACACCAUCCAGCAUACCCAUCUAUCUGUAGCCUGGUAUCUCCGCAAGGACAGUGCCGAUGACGAUGCAAAGCUCAUUGUCUCCCUGGACAGAGACUUCACAUUAAGGUCUGGCCCAGAAUUUCAACAGCGCUACAAAGCCGGCUUCAUAAGACUGGACAAAGUCGGAGAGGCCACCUACAGGCUGACGAUCGACCAUUUGGAGCCAUCGGAUUCGGGCCGAAUCUACUGCGAAGCUCAAGAGUGGAUCGAGGAUCCAGACCGGUCCUGGUACUCGCUUACGCAGAAGACUGCAGAGGAGACUACACUAGCCGUCAAAGGCAGAGAAACAGAGCCGGUAACAGACAAGGUCUCUGUGGUGGUGAGACUGUCAGCUCAGCAGACAUCUCUGCAGGAGGGACAGGAGCUGCUGCUAACAUGCAGUGUUGACACAGAGAAAGUGGAGAGGUUUUUCUCUGUAGCUUGGCUGCGGGCAGGUGUCGAGCUGGCCCGAAUAGGCCCUACGGGCGUUCUAUCUGUGAACACUGAGUACGGUCUGCGAGAGAAGCAAGGAGAACUCAGGGCCAGCAGGAUCGGGGACAGAGAUUACCGUCUUGUUUUACAGCCUGUCCGCACUGAAGACCAGGGAGGGUACAUGUGCAGAGUGUGGCCCCAAGAAAGACAACAUGGCGGCUUUGUGCAAGGCAAAGCCCAAGACUCCAACUCCCUUCUUGUUAGCAUCUCGGCUUCAGCCAGUGGACUCUCGGUCGAAAUGCAAAACACCGUGAAUGUCAAGGAAGGCGACACAGUGACCCUGACUUGCAAAGUACACGGCUUCAAGGACCAGCUCUCUGUCACUUGGCAGCGCAAAGUAGCGACGAUGUCCACGUUGGCCAACAUUAUCGGUUUGAGUCAGGAGGGUGUCGCGGAGACGCCUGCUGUCGAGCUCUCGAAUCUAAUCAGAGUUAAGCGACCUGCGGUGGACAUCUUUGUCUUGGAGCUGGAUGAAAUCACGCCUGACGAUUCGGGUGUGUACCACUGUGUGGUUUCUGAAUGGAACAGACACAGCAGGACCAACAGCCAAUCAGCGAGGACCAUGUUGACGGUGACCCCCAUGGAUUCUUUUAUGCGGGUGAUUCUGAUCAGCCGCAAUAGCGUUGCGACUGUUGGAGACAACGUGGAAUUGAUGUGCCGUGUCAAAGGGCCACCACGUCUCACCACGACGCUCUCUUGGAGCGUGCAUCGGAACACCUCAACCUUAGAUAACAUCCUGAGCGUAUACUACGACGGUACCAUUAGCUGGUCUGGGGAGCAGCAACGCUACCACCUUCGGGUUGACAACAAACCCAGUGAGAGGAUUUACUACCUUCUCAUCAAUGGUGCCAGCCACAGGGAGGCGGGGAGCUACCAGUGUCAAGUGUCCGUUUUCCAGAAGAACGUGUUCAAGAAGCUGCCACCAUCCAACCUGCUCAUGGUCAUGGUGCGGAACCCAGCGAGUGACCUCAUUCUAACGCCCACCCCUACUUUAACAAGAAAUAUCAACAGUGACAUCACCAUCAAAUGCUUAGUCACUUCAUCUCGCUCUGGAUCUUCCCGCUACGCCGUCACCUGGAUUCUACAGCAACAGACCCAAAGUGUGACCGUUUUGAGCUUGGAUCGAAACUCCCAAGUAACAUCGACCGUGGACCAAAAACAGCGAAUCAGUGGCCAGCAGACCAACGGUCCUAGUUUUGAGCUGUCCAUUCGGGAUUCUCGUACUUCAGACCAAGGUGUUUAUGUGUGUGAGGUGAUAGAGUGGCUGCAAGAUCCUCGUGGUGAAUGGUACCAUCUCCCCCCAGUCUCUGGAACCGUUCAGCUGACACUCAUUGAGCCUGCCAAUGAUCUUCUUUUGGAUCACAAAGAGCAGCAGGUUCUUGUGAAAGAAGGAGACAGAGUCCAUCUCAAAUGUGAGCUGUUAUCAGGUGCAUCCAGUGAUUCCUGUUUCUACAAAGUCACUUGGUUCUACACCAGACUCGGAUCUUCUGCGGUAUCGCUUUUGGAGCUCGAUCAUACGGGCCUAAUGAGAUAUCCGGAAAGAACGGGACUUCACGGCCUGCAACAAAGGCUUCGUCUUUCCAGACCCAAACGGAGCAGCUUCGAUCUUGAAAUUCAAAACAUCCACGAAGGGGAUAGUGGGACCUACCGUUGUCAGGUGGAGCAGUUCCAACUCGGGCAUGAAGGCCAAUGGGAGCAGAAGGCUUCGGUUGACGGUGGUCCCAUCAUAUUGUCUGUGGACAUUGCAGGAGAACAUGAAGCUGGCUCAGGAUGUCCUUCACGCAUGUGGAUCGGCCUUCUUGUAGCAAUUGUACUCUGCUCACUGUUGGUCAUAUUUGUGCUGGUGCUCAAGAUGCGUCGGGCCAAGACCUGCGGAAAGAAACCAGAUCAGUCUUUGUGGGUGGAGCAGCACCAACUGAAGACAAAACCCUAUGUAGAUGAUUGUAAAGAGAUGGAAUAAAUACUAUAAUGGCAAUAGUCA